AUUCAAUAACUCUUGCUUGCUGUGAUUAUUUAUUUUGAGACAGAAACUAAACUUCUGGUAUUGCGUUAUUCGUAUUUUGUAAAUAAAAUUUUAAUUUUGUGACUUAUUAAGCGAGUUCUAUAUUUAAUUCCAGUUCUACUUCAACAGAAAAUGUUCUGUGACUUGAUUCAGGAUAUGGUUCUAUGUCUAUCUCAAUUUUGAAUUCAGCCUUUUCAAGAUGACUAACCGAAUCAUAACUUCCGUCUUAUUAGUUUCCUAUAUUUUAUACCUCUCUCUACAAGUGUGUCUAGUAGAAUCAACUAUAGAUGUUUAUGAUCAUUUUGGAAGAAAAAUAGAUAGUUUCCAAGAUCGAGAAGCUACCUUCGAUGAUGAUAAUUUUAUGCCAAUGGAGGGUUAUGUGGUCGCAGCAGAACCCCUUGAUGCCUGCAGUCCUCUCGUCCCUCCCACAUUUUUAACUAACUUUACUGUCGGAAAAUUUGUUCUCAUUAAUGGCACUGAAACUUGUGGAUUCUCAAAAAAAGUCAUUAGUGCUCAAAAAGCUGGAUAUGAUUUAGCUAUCAUAUUUGAUCCAUUCCCUAUGCCCUUUGAAUUCCUUCGAGUUGUUUCCUAUCCAAAAAUUGAAAUAAGCAUUCAAGUUGUAUUCAUUUCUUUCAUGGAUGGGAUUACAAUUAAAGAAAACUAUUUAUAUAAUAACAGUUAUGCUUACAAUUUUAAGUUAAAAAUCAAGCCUAAUACUCCUGAUAUAACUUAUUAUAUGUACUUGUUUGGAGCUGUCAUCGGGGUGUGUUUCUUUGUCAUGUUGCUCUUUAUGAUGUGUCUGCUCAUUAAGUGUAUCCAAGAAAGAAGGCGCAGACGUCGGAAUAGGUUGUCAAGUCGUCAAAUAAAGCAAAUACCUACUGCCAAAUUCACUAAAGGUGAUCAAUAUGAUGUUUGUGCAAUUUGCUUAGAGGAUUACAAUGAAGGAGAUAAGUUAAGAAUCUUGCCUUGUUCUCAUGCAUAUCAUACAAAAUGCAUUGAUCCUUGGUUAAUGCACAAUCGUAGAAAUUGCCCUCUGUGCAAACGAAAAAUCACGUUUGGAGACUCUGGUGAUGACAGUGAUUCAGACGAUUCCGAGAUGACAUCCCCAGCUGAAAACACACCUCUGCUGUCAUCUCGUCCUGGAUCAUCUUCGGCUGCUUAUGCCACCAUGACUAGGUCGGACAGGGUACUUCGCUCCGGCGAAAAUACCCCUCUACUGGCACCGGAACGUCCAGCAUCCUAUUCAGGUACCACAACUGACCCUGAUGACACUCCGGGAAUUCCUGCUAUUCAUAGCCUUGCAGUGAGAAGAGCAUUACAAAUACAUAGGCAGAGAGUUUUGCAGGAUCUGGCCAUAAUAUUUCCCUCCGGUUCGACUAACGUCGCUUCCGUGGCUGCGGAUGGCGGGCAGCCGUUCUCGGAUGAGGAGCCUCUGCUGCCUCCAGUACAGCUCUCUAUUAAUAACACCUCAAGCCAGAAUGUGGAAUCGGAGCAGGUUACGGGAAAUGAUCUUAUUGUCUAAUCUUUCACUCUGGCAAUGACCCUUAUUGAAUAUUAUUAAAAUGAAUGUGCCUUUAAAAAUAAUUGAAAAAAGGCCUUCUAAAGUCAUACAAAAAUCAAUUUGAAAGGUCGGGAUCCAAAAAUUAUGUGUGUUUGGAAGGAUUUUGCUAGAAAACUACUGGACCAAACUGGGUGCAAUCGAGUAGUUGAACAUUUGAGAUCAUUGUGAGAAUGCAAUCUGAAAAAUUUGAUUGUUAACAAGUUAAAUACUGUUAACUAGCUAAAUCCUGAAAAUGUAUUGUUUAUCUCAAAUUGUAAAAAAAAUAGAGAUUUGUACAGUUAAAAGUAGUUUUAAUUUAAAACUAAAAUGAAAUUUUAAAAUAAGUAUUGUUUGAAUUCAAAAUUAUCUGACAACUUUUCUUAAGAAAUAUAUAUAUACAUUGAUUAUACAGAGUCAUGAUGUCUGCUCGUAUUGUAAAUUUUUCGGAGCCUUUUUAAAAAUUCAUUUAAAGAAGUAGGCUCGUUUACAAAUUAUGAGUCGAACGUUAAUAAUUAAGGAAGGAAAUUUCAAAAACGCUAUCAAAAUCUACCUUAUCAGUACUGAGAAAGGUGGUGCUGAAAACAUCAAAACCGGUGAAUUGCUUGAGGAAGCCGAGAGCAGUUGCAAGGCGACUAUUCAAAACACAUCCAAAUUCCAUUAGUUAUUCAAACAGUUUUUGAUGGGUUUUUUUUAUGAAAACCAGUUUGAUUACCUGAUGGAAUUUCCUUACUAGUGAUUGAACAUAUGAUGAGUUUUUCCUUUUUUAACCCUUUUGCAAUGGGAGUUGCAAUUGCGCCUUUAUUGCUGUUAAGCCUAAAUACAUAAAAUUACUGAAAUAUGAAUUUAUUUUUCAAUAUUUUACUGUAAAGUAGAUAAACAAGUUAUACUACAUAUAUUUUUUACUCAUAUACUUUAUUUACUUAAGUUUUUUCUUGUUUUAUUACAUUUAAACAAAUUUUUUUUCAGUGUUUAUUUACCAUUUAAUGACUUUUGAUGUUUUUAGCUUUCAAUUUUUAUAAUUUUACUUCAAUGCAUAAAAAUAGUCUGAUACAUGCAGAUUUGGCUUGUUAAAUUUGUAAUUAAAUGACAGAAAAUAAAAACAAAUAAGGUAAGAGGCUUCUUAAUAUUGACUUUUUCAAAUAUUCUUAUAAUUUGAGUUAUACCCUGUGCUCAUUUUAAAGAGCCAACAUAGAGCUUGCUAUUCGGCAACAUUCCAACAU